UCAGACUGUCACAGCCUGUGUGAAAAAAAACUGAGGAGGACUUUGUGGUUGAAAUAUCGACCUAAACACGGAUAUUCCUGCGCUGACGAGUCAAAGAUGUGGAAGUCAGUCGUGGGCCACAAUGUGAGCAUGAAGGUGGCUGCAGAGGGGGACGACUGGGAGACGGACCCUGACUUUGAGAAUGACGUGUCAGAGCAGGAGCAGCGGUGGGGAGCCAAGACCAUCGAGGGCUCGGGACGUAAAGAACACAUCAGUGUUGCAGAGCUCAGAAGCAAGGUGGCUGUGGAGCAUGAGCAGGUGAAGCAGAAAGAGCACGUUCCCAAAGCAUCCUAUGGAUACGGAGGGAAGUUUGGAGUGGAGAAGGACCGAAUGGACAAGGUGGCUAAGGGUCACGACUAUGUGGCACAGGUUGAGCAGCACUCUUCCCAGACAGAUGCGGCACGAGGGUUUGGCGGGAAAUUUGGUGUUCAGAAAGACCGUGUUGAUAAGUCUGCCAUGGGCUUUGAUUACAAAGAGCAAGCGCAGCAACAUGCAUCUCAGAAAGAUUACUCCAAGGGAUUUGGAGGAAAAUACGGGGUGGAGAAGGAAAAAGUCGACAAGGCCGCUUUGGGGUACGACUAUAAAAGCGUGACAGAGAAGCACCAGUCACAAAAAGACUACGCGAAGGGAUUUGGAGGAAAGUACGGGGUGGAGAGGGAGAAAGUGGACAAAGCUGCUUUGGGAUACGACUAUAAAGGAGAAACUGAGAAGCAUCAGUCACAGAAAGAUUAUUCAAAGGGAUUUGGAGGGAAGUUUGGCAUUGAGAAGGAGAAAGUAGAUAAAGCAGCGCUGGGCUAUGAUUAUAAGAGUGAGACGGAGAAACAUCAGUCUCAAAAAGAUUAUUCAGCAGGUUUUGGUGGUCGCUAUGGAGUACAGGCAGAUCGCAUGGAUAAGAGCGCAGCCGGCUUCUCAGAUAUGGACUCCCCUUCCUCUGCUUAUGAAAAGACACAACCAUUGGAGGCCUCAAGUGCAGGUGCAGGAAAGCUGAAGGCACGUUUUGAGAGCAUGGCCAAGGCUUCAGACGAAGAGAACAGGAAGAAAGUAGAAGAAGAGAGAGCGAGGAGACAGGCCAGAGAGAAGAGAGAGCGAGAGGAGGCCAAACGCAGACAGCAGGAACAGAGCAGCAGAGAGGAGGAAAUUCGUCCACCACCUGUUCCAGACGUGGCUCCAGAGUAUGACACGCCACAACCAGAAAUACACCACCAUAGGCCAGAGGUAUAUGAAACACCAGAACCAGAAGCAGAGCCAGAGCCAGAGCCAGAGCCAGAGCCAGAGGCAGAGGAUGAAGCGAUAUACGACGAGCCCCACUCAGAGGAUUUCCUUGAACAGGACGCCCCGCCACUACCUCACAGGUCAACUGAGGUGGACGUGGAUGAAGGGGAGUACGAGGACCUAGCUGAACCACCUCCUCCUCCAUCGACAGAUGCGGACAACGAUUACGAAGACCUGACAUGUGGCCAGAAGGCUUUAGCACUUUACGACUAUGAGGGAGAGGCGGAUGAUGAGGUUUCCUUCAACCCAGGUGAUGAGAUCACCAACAUAGAAAUGAUCGAUGAAGGAUGGUGGAAGGGAAACUGUAACGGACGCAUCGGUCUGUUCCCGGCUGCUUACGUUCAGCUGAUGUAGAGAGCGUCAUUCUCAGGCAGUUGGGUUUUUUCUUUGCACAAGCUUUUUCGACAGAAGAAAUUUAACUGUAUUUAUGUAAUUGAGCACAGCAAACUUGUGCCAAAAAGCAUUCUGAUCAGCUGAUUUCAAACCUUUUACUGUAACAUUUCGCUUGGGGUCUGUGGCAAGGAGUGUCUUAGGGUUUUAUGACCACCAAAUGUUAAUGGCAAGGAGUUACAUCUUGUAUCUUGAAGUCAAUAAAAUAUUCUAUAGGCA